UCUCCACCACACUACGUAGUGUAUGUAUGUAUACAUAGUUAUUAAGAAACGUAAGUUUCUGGUCCAAAAUGGAAGCAACAGUAGAGAGACGAGAACAGCAGCAGCAGCAGCAGCAGCAACCGCAGCAGCAGCAGCAGGAUGUGAAGUUACCAUUGGAGAGUAGUCCCUACGUUGGGUAUAAGGACGUGGAGGAUUACAAAAUGCGCGGCUACGGCGCCCACGGCCACCUCCCCACCGUCGACCAAGUCAGCGGUGGGGGCACCGACGCACCUACGCUAUCCGGCAGCGGCCUCUCUGAGCGCCAGGCCCAUGCCUCCGACCCCGCCGCCGCUCCCUAGCUAGUUACGUACCCAUGCACGCACUUGUUCCGUGUUGUUGUGUUGCUCUCGUUCUCGUCUUAACCUAUGUAGUAAUCAGUAGUAAUCUUGAUUGACCAAUAAUAAGAUCGUUGUACGAGGAUUAAUAUAAGGACUUAUCAGGGAAAUCUCUUUCUUUAUAAUGAUCCUUCUUAAGUGA